AACCAAAAAGCUUCAAACUCAUAAUACAAAGAUAAAGAGACAUGUCUCUAAGGCCUAAGUCCAAGAACUCCAUAGAAUUACAACCCUUAGGCCAAGAUAGAAAUGAAGAGACUCACAAUCUCAUUGAGAAACCAAUUCAAUCUCCUCCUUCUACUCUUUCUCAAGCCUUAGCAAGCACUGCUCACCUUGCCAAUCUUCUCCCAACCGGCACGGUCCUCGCCUUCCAACUCCUCGUCCCCGUCUUCACAAACAACGGUUCAUGCGAUACCAUCACCCGUCCAUUAAGUCUUUUCCUCCUUACCAUCCUCGCCGUCUCUUGCUUCUUGGCUUGCUUCACAGAUAGCUUUCGAUCACCGGAUGGUAAGCUUCACUAUGGCAUUGCCACCUUGCAUGGCUUGUGGCUUUUUGAAGGUGAUAUAAUUGAAGAUAAGGAUAACUCCAUGGAGAAGUAUAAAGUGAGGUUCAUCGAUUGCAUGCAUGCUUUUAUGUCUGUUUUGGUGUUUGUCUCUAUUGCUCUACGUGAUAAGAAUGUAGUUAGUUGUUUCUAUCCCUUGCCGGAGCAUGAGACUAAGGAAGUGCUUGAUAUUGUGCCCCUUGGCAUUGGUGUACUUUGUGGUUUGUUGUUUGUUUUGUUUCCUACUAAACGCCAUGGUGUUGGCUAUCCUGUCACUAAUUAAUGGUGAUAAUCACGGUUGAUAUUGUUUUA